GUACAUUCCAAGUUACGAGGUUCGAAAGUUACGGUAUGCCAGCAUUUGCAUUAUGCAAGGUGAAACAGCAAAAGGAGGUUAUCCUUUAGAAUGUAUUCGCACAAUGGCUAAUAUUUGUAAGGAAGCAGAAGCUGCGAUUUGGCAGACUCAAAUCUUUCAUGACCUGUCAAGCAAAACUCUCCCGCCUAUAGAUGCCACGCAUGCAGUUGCCAUUGCCUCUGUAGAAGCAUCCGUCAAAUAUUUGGCUAGUGCUAUCAUUGUUAUUACAACAUCUGGUCGAUCCGCACAUCUAAUUGCGAAAUAUAGACCUAGUUGUCCUAUUAUUGCAAUUACCAGAUUUCAUCAAGUUGCUCGACAAGCGCAUUUAUACCGUGGAAUAUUACCCUUGUACUAUGAAGAUGCAGUUAAAAUGUUUGAAUUUACUGUGACGUGGCAGGAUCGCUGUUCCUCCGUCAUCACAAGACGCGAGAUCGCGCGAGGCUUGACUACCAGUACGCUUGCGGGAGGUCCUGGCAAGCAACUCACUGGUCGGAGCGAGCAACUAUCCACGCUCUACCAGCUAAACAGAUUAGUUCCCAAGCUGUAA